AGAAAACCAAAAUAAACAAGCACAGAAAAGAGUUGAUGAGCUGGUGGCGUGGGCUGAACAAAUCUGCCUUCUGUACUGUAUCUGGGCGAAACAAAGGGGCCAUUUAACACCCACAAAGAAUAUUAUAAAUGCUCUCAGCAUUACCCUUAUGGUUGACAUCAUGCGGCUCAAUACAUAUUAAUUGUUUCUGUAAUUAGCGGACAAAUGUCAAUAACAGUGGAUGUGGUCACUGCUAGCUGCUAACCUUUAGGGCUUUUUCCAACUGACAUAAAAAAUCUGCCAGUCUGUGUCUACAGUCAAAGACAAGAGGAGCCGUUGAUGAUUAUGCUGAAGAAAAGCAAGAAAAUAUCGCUCAGAUGGAUAAAAGAACCAAGGGAUCUGCUAAAGAGUUGAGGCUGUUGGUGGUUGGAAGCAGCGGACCCUCUCAGUUCCAGCUAAGUAACGCCAUCCUCGGCAGGGAAGUGUUUCAAAGUGACACGACCAGCAUUUCAACAAGUGUGAAAAAUGUGGGGGAGCUGGCUGGCAGACGAGUGGCUGUCAUCAAUGGACCAAACAUCUAUGAUAAGGACAUGUCUCAUGUAAAGAGAGUGUUGGAGCUGAGGAGAUCCAAGUGCUUGUGCAUACCCGGUCCUCAUGCCUUCCUUGUGGCCUUUGAUUUGGAUAAAAUCUCCCCCAAUGACAUGAAGACCACCACACAUUUGAAGAAGCGCUUUGGGAAAAGCUGCUUGAAGAACUGCAUGGUUCUGUUGGCCUAUGAAGGGAAUCUGGAUGGGGUCGCUUUGGACAACAAGGUGCGGAAGACUGACUGGCAUCUACGGGAGCUCGUCGAGAAGUACGGAGGACGAUUUCACAUUUACAGGAAGAACUGGCAGGACAGAAGCCAGGACAGAGAGCUGCUGCGCAAGAUUGAGCUGAUGGUGGUGUCAUCAGGUGGGGGGCACUACUCCAACAGAACGUUCCAGAAGGCGGAGGAAAGCGUGAAGAAGGAGGAGAAGAGGUUACGAAAGAAGAGGGCCAUGGAAAUAGAAAAGACGUGGAGUAAGAUGGAGAAGCAGUACAUAGCAGAGGAAAUGUGCAUCCAGAAGGACACGUACAUGGCCAACGUCAGCGCCGAGAUCCAAGCCAAAGCAGAGCUGGACAAUGAGUGGCUCAGAACUUCCCUCGCCAGGGGCCUGGGGACCGGUAUGCUGGUUGGGGCCGUGAUGGGGGCACUUUUUGGAUCUAUUGAGGGUCCAGGAGGGAUGGUGCUUUAUGGCAUCAUAGGUGGGGCUGUGGGUGGAUCUGCAGGAGGAACCGCUCAGGUGGCAAUAAAGCGAAUGGAGAACAGAGUGGCUCCACCUGUCAGACUCAACUUCAACUCAAUCUUCAUCAAUCGCUUCUUUGCAUCUUCUCGUGCAUGAACGAUGUCCAUCGAGGCAGGAAAGGAGACAUUUAUUUUGCAUUCAACCAGCGUUUUCUCACUGGGGUCACUUAGAGGUUGCUAAGUAACUGUAAGAAGUUGCUAAUUCCUUUUAAGAAAAAUUACAUUUCCAAGGAGGAGAAUAACAGGAACGUACCAGACUUAAAUGCAUUAUUUUGUCAGUAGAUUCAAUUUUUUAACUGCAUUAUCUGUCAAAGUCAGACAAACGAGAAACAGACGUUGAAUUAUGGUGGUAACAGUAAAAUGAGCCGCUUUUCUCCUCAGAAUCUACGUUGAUCGUGUUAAAAUUACAGUAAAUCAAAGAACAUAAACACUGAAGCUUCGAUUAACUGUAGAAUCAUGUCUUUUUCUGAUGUUUUUCCUCAUUUUGUGCAUAUAUUUGCAUAUUUUAGUGUGUAAUACUCACCAUGCCACAAAUAAACGAAACU